ACGCGCGCACACUGGGGUGGGCUCACCCGUUGAUCAGCGCCCCGCCCCCAAUCUGACCAAAGAAAAAAGGCCCCGCCCCCGAGUCCGCGCAGUUCUAGAGCUCGCAGGACCAGGAGCAGCAUCGGAACCGAACCCUAGUCCCGCUAUGGCCAGCUGUUCAGGAUGUGGACCGGGAUACCGCAGCCCGCUGGACGCCAUGAAGGGUCCUCGGGAGGAGAUCGUCUACCUGCCCUGCAUCUACCGCAGCACUGGCAUCCAGAAGCCUGACUACCUGGCCACCGUAGACGUCGAUCCAAAAUCCCCCACCUACUGUCAGGUGAUCCACCGGCUGCCGAUGCCAAACCUGCGUGAUGAGCUGCAUCACUCCGGCUGGAACGCCUGCAGCAGCUGCUUUGGAGAUGCUACCAAGACGAGGAACCGCCUGAUCCUGCCGUCGCUGAUCUCCUCCAGGAUCUAUGUGAUUGACGUUGGCACCGAUCCCAGAGCCCCCAAAAUCCACAAGAUGGUGGAACCCGUCGAUGUGCUCUGGAAAUGCAACCUGGCUAAUCCUCACACCAGCCACUGUCUGGGCAGCGGGCAGAUCAUGAUCAGCUGCAUGGGAGACCCGUCAGGUGAUGGCAAAGGCGGGUUCCUUCUGCUGGACGGUGAGACCUUCGAGGUGAUCGGUAACUGGGAGCAUCCAGGGGAAGCGGCCCCGUUCGGCUAUGACUUCUGGUACCAGCCCCGUCACAACGUGAUGAUCAGCACCGAGUGGGGGGCGCCCAAAGCCCUGGUGGACGGGUUCAAUCCUGCUCACGUCAAAGACGGUCUCUAUGGAUCCUCCCUCCAUGUUUGGGACUGGACGACUCACAGGAAGCUCCAGACCCUGGCUCUAGGAGAAGAUGGCGCCAUUCCUCUGGAAGUCAGGUUCCUCCAUGAUCCAAGUGCCACUGAGGGCUACGUGGGCUGUGCGCUCCGGGGAAACGUCUUCCGGUUCUACAAAACCCCGGCGGGCGACUGGGCAGCAGAGAAGGUCAUCAGCGUUCCCAGUAAGAAGGUGGAGGGGUGGAUGCUGCCGGAAAUGCCAAGUCUCAUUACAGAUAUACUGCUUUCUUUGGACGACCGUUUUCUUUACUUCAGUAACUGGCUCCAUGGCGACAUCAGACAGUAUGACAUCACAGACCGCAGGAACCCCAAACUGGUUGGCCAGGUGUUCUUGGGUGGAAGUCUUAUCAGAGAUGGACCCGUCAAAGUCCUGGAGGACCCGGAAAACCAGGAGCAGCCCCCUCCCUGCUUUAUAAAGGGGAAGCGGGUUCCCGGCGGUCCUCAGAUGCUGCAGCUCAGUCUGGACGGGCGCAGACUCUACGUGACCACAUCUCUGUUCAGCGGCUGGGACAAACAGUUCUACCCGGAGAUGAUCCGAGAGGGAUCAGUGAUGAUGCAGAUCGAUGUGGACUCGAUGAACGGCGGCCUCUCGCUGAAUCAAGACUUCCUGGUGGAUUUUGGGAAGGAGCCGGACGGCCCGGCUCUGGCCCACGAGCUGCGCUACCCGGGGGGGGACUGCACCUCGGACAUCUGGCUGUGAAGACUCCGCUCCUCACCGACACGCUCCUCCUGUGUUGGCUCGCCGUCCUCCUGUCGCUACAUGAACUUUGAUCAGCGCUCUGAAUGAACUCAUCGUCCAGAAUGACUAAAAUGAACAAAUAAACAAAGACAAAAGGAUUUUCUUCCUCCAGUCAUUUAGAUUCUGAUCGUUUUCUCAGUGAAGCUAAAUUUUGGUAAAGAUGAUCGUCCAGAAGCUGAUUUCUUCUGACUUGAAGCUGCAAAGAACAAAUGUUAAAGUUUAGAUGGUAAAAAACUUCAGUAAUGAC